CCAAACCCGAACUCGAACCCGAAACCAAGUCCAACCAACACCGUCCAGAGCUGCUUACCAACAAUGGGCAAUACCCAUAACCAGAAUCGUUCGGCCUUAACGCCGCACGGCAGCACGGCCCUUGAAAAGUCACCAGGAAGCGGCAGCUUGGUCAGAUUGCCCGUGGUCGGUCGGACGGCCGUUGGGACCGGGGCGGGGCUCGAGGAGAGACGCAGCAGCAGCAGCCGGACGCGAGUUUUGAGUCGUUUGGUAAGCCAGAAGCGAGUUCGGGAUGUGUUCCUUCAGGCGUCCACAUCGGGCUUACCAGCCACCAACAACAACACUGGCACUCACUCAACGCCCUCAACGUCGCCGUUGUCCGAGUGGAGCGCACCGGAAGUGGAGCAUGGACAAUUGAAUGCCAACGCAGAACAAAUGGAUUUUCAUUCAAAUAAUAAGGAUUUGCUGGAGCUACAGCGACGUUGUCGGGCGGAUAAGAUCGCCUGUCUGAGUCUGAGUCAGAUCACGUACCUGAGCAUUGCCAAUGAGCAAACGGAGCAGGAGACGGAGGCACAGGUGCAUAAGGAUUUGUUGAUAACGCCGGAGAGCUCGCCGGACGAGCGCAUGGCGUUGCAGCUGGGCAAGAAGUUGGCCCAGGUGCUGGGCAACACCAGCACGCCGGCAAUGGAGACGCCACUAACACUAGCACCAACAGCGGCAGGAGCAACAGGAAUGGGAAUGGGAGUGGGAGGAACAGGAGGCGCAGGAGGAGCAGGAGGAGCAGGAGGAUCGGCAGGAGUUUCUGUUGCGGUGGCAACACCGCGUGUUGAUUCACCCCUGGGCAACGCUGAACUGUUCAACAUAUCGAAGGCCAAGAAAGUCGAGUUGCAGAAUCUGUCAUCGCGUUUCAGUGCUGCCGUUAGCCAAACAGCAUUCGCAUCCACAUCCGCAUCCGCACCUGAGGCAUCAGUAGCAAUGGCAACAACAACUUCAACUCCUACGCCAACACCAAUUUCAACUGCAGCUUCAGCGACUCCGUCGUCGACGCCGCUGGAAACGCAAUCAACUGUUAUAAUUUCGUUUAAAUCAUCUCAAACACCUGUGCAGUCUCAAGCAACGCCGUCUGACAAUGCUGCCAAUAAGGAGGAGCAUUCGGAGCAGCAGUAUAGGGAUAACGAGGAGGGAGGAAUCGAGGGGGGACCGUUGCCACCUCCACCUGGUUACGGUACGCCCACGAAUCUCCUGCUUUCGAGCAAUGUGCUCAAAAAGGUGGCCAGCUUUUCGGUCGAAAGAUCAGGGAACAGCAGCAGCAACAGCAACAGCGUCUCCAAUGCUCAGUUAUUGGCAGCUGGCGAGGAGAAGGACAAGGACAAAGAGAAGGAGAAGGAGAAGGAGACUACGCUGACGGCGACGUUAACAGAGCAACAGCAGCAGACGGUCGCUGCCGGCGCUGGGUCGCGACGAGGUUCAUCUUUUGUACCGGAAAAGUUAAGCUUCGCUGCAUAUGAAAAGUUUGAAGGUCAAAUGCUGAUCAAAUGGUUAAUCUCAACGCUGCACAGCAAUUGUAAUGGAAAUUCUGGACAGGAUUCGGUGAAUGCAAUGGCAUUGCAGUUUUGCAAUAAUCUUAAAUAUGUUGGCGUACUGAAGCAGAUCUCCAAUGAACAGCAGCAGGAAACGAUGUCCGGAUUUAGUCCCUACGAGAUGUAUCAGUGGACGCAUACGGAGCAGCCGACUACAUCGCUGCCUCUGACGCCGGGUAAGCUGGAUAAGGUGGCAGCGUGGCCGUUUUCCAGCACGCCGGCGGGACAGAAGCAGCUGGAAGGCAACUCCAUUCCACCCGACGGCCAAAAGAUGUUGCAGCAGAUUCUUCGCAAGCGUCUGCUCAACUGUGCCACAUUGGCCGAGGUUCAUGCUGUGGUCAAUGAGCUGCUGAGCAGCGUGGAUGAGCCACCUAGGCGACCAUCGAAGCGUAGCAUCAACUUUAACGAACUGAUCAAUGCCAGCGAGAGCACAAUCUACGAGUACAAUAGGCCGGUGGAAGGCAAAUGUUAUGCGGAUGCAGGCACUCAAACGGAGACGGCGUCGGCGACGGAGGAGGAUGAGGCAUGUCCGGGUACGUGUAAAUGUGGAGCGACCAAGGGUUUGGCGACGGAGCCAGUGCAGCAAAAUCUGGAGCUGAGCAAACAGAAUGCAGCAGCACCGCCUCCGCCACCACCACCACCACCGCCGCCGCCUCCACCACCACCACCUCCACUACCCGGUAUAGCCGCAGGAGCAGGAGCACCACCACCGCCACCACCUCCACCGCCGCCCAUUUCAGGCGGUGCACCUCCGCCGCCACCAGAGCCCGCCAGUGCAGGUCCAGUGCCUCCACCGCCACCCCUAAGUACGUCCAAAUCGGGAUCAAAUCUCUCGCCUGCCCCUUUACCAGAUCCUGCUGAGGGCAAUUGGUUCCUUCGCACAAGCAUACAACGGAAAAGCGCUGUUAACCCGCCUAAGCCCAUGAGACCGCUUUAUUGGACACGAAUUGUGACCAAUGUGCCGCCUGUGCCGCGUCCACCGUCGGUGGCCAACUCAACUGACAGCGCGGAUAACAGCGGCAGUUCGCCGGAGGAGACGCCCACAACUGGGAGCUGUGCAGCCACAACACCAGCAGUAGUUGUGCCACCGCCAACACCAGCACCGUCCACUAAGGAGAUCUGGACAGAGAUCGACGAGACGCCACUAGACAAUAUCGAUGAAUUUACAGAGUUAUUCUCCCGGCAAGCUAUUGCGCCAGUUAGCAAGCCAAAGGAGCUGAAACCCAAGCGUGAUAAGUCCAUCAAGGUUCUAGAUCCAAAACGUUCCCGCAACGUAGGCAUCUUCGCGAGAAGCCUUCACUUGCCCUCCAGUGAGAUUGAGCAUGCUAUUUACCAUGUGGACACAUCGGUGAUUAGUCUAGAGACGCUGCAGCAGAUCAGCUAUAUAAGGGCAACCGAUGAGGAGCUACAACGGAUCAAGGAUGCCGAUGGUGGAGACAUUCCUCUGGAUUAUCCAGAGCAAUUCCUGCGCGACAUCGCCCUCAUUUCGAUGGCCAGUGAACGCAUCUCGUGCAUUGUCUUCCAAGCGGAAUUCGAUGAAUCUGUGACGUUGCUCUCACGGAAAUUGGAGACGGUGUCACAGCUGUCACAACAACUGAUAGAAAGUGAGGAUCUCAAACUCGUCUUCUCCAUCAUUCUGACGCUGGGCAAUUAUAUGAAUGGUGGCAAUCGACAGCGUGGCCAGGCUGAUGGCUUCAAUCUGGAUAUACUCGGCAAACUGAAGGAUGUCAAGUCCAAGGAAUCCCACACAACAUUGCUGCACUUCAUCGUACGCACAUACAUUUCCCAGCGUCGCAAAGAGGUCCUGACUCCAUUCAAUAUGAAGUUACCCAUACCGGAGCCACCGGAUGUGGAACGUGCCGCGCAACUAGACUUUGAUGAGGUGCAACAACAGAUCAAAGAGCUGCACAAAAAGCUGUCGGCUUGCAAACAGACAACUGCACAGGUGCUAAAAGCGUCCAGUGAUCAUCAGGAACCCUUCAAGUCCAAAAUGGAGGAGUUUACCGCCAACGCAGACAAAUCGGUGGCCAAGUUGCAUCAGUUGCUGGACGAAUGUCGCGAUCUCUUUCAGGAAACAAUGCGUUUCUAUCACUUCUCGCCCAAGGGAUGCACACUGACCUUGGCCCAGUGUACACCCGACCAAUUCUUCGGUUACUGGACAAAUUUUACCAACGAUUUCAAGGAUAUUUGGAAGAAGGAGCUCGCAAUACUGGAGAACGAAUUUAAAUUGAAGAACAUGAAAAAACAUGCACAGGCGGAAAACCGUCGCAAUACCUGCGCCAAUGUGCAACCCAAACGGCUUUUGUAUAAGGAGCGCAUGGUGCUGCGACGCAGCCAAAACUAGUUGUUAAUCCAAAAUUAGCUUUAGUCCCGUUUAAGCUUAAUAAUAAAAAUUAAAAAAUCCUCGCAGUGUUCAAAA